AUGGACUCCAUUUUGGCUGGUUUGCUUGGUUCGUUGACAGGAAUCCUGGAUCCUCUUAUUCGACAAAUCGUCGAUGAACAACUCGCCGCCGCUGGGUUUGGCGACUCUGUUGCUCUUAUUCGACAGACCGUCGAUGAACAACUCGCUGCCGCUGGAUUUGUCGCGCCUGAUGGCGACUCUGUUGCGGAUGGCUCCCAAGAGGAAAUUGAGAAUCAAAUCGUCCACGACGACAACAACGAUUUUGAUGUCGACGACGAAGACAACGAUUUCGAUGUCAACCCUCUUCAAUAUACUUAA